GGAAAUUUGUGAUAAGCUAUCAGAAAAAAUCAGGAAAUCAAGACUAAUUUACGGUAGUUCUGUCUUUGAGUCUCAUCUAUUUCUUUGCCUAAAGUAAUGGCUCGUCGAGCUUAGUGCCCAGUUUUUUUUUCUGUUAAUCGGUUCAAGCAUUGUUUCAUAACUGUGUUUAUUCCGGGUGUACGCUUUUGUGUGCACUUGUUUCAAUGAUGAAAAUGGCAUCGUAAUCGUGUUUCGGUUCGGAAGAACUUCCUACACCUAAGAAGAUACAAUGGCUUGGUUUGAAUCAGGUCUUUCCUCUCUCAAAGGACAGCUUAGUAAUCUCACAAAAGAAGUAAAGGAGGUCUUGACUCAGCCAGAUUCAGAUGAAGAGGUUAAGGCUGAAGAUGAUGAUACUGCCUCAAAUUCAAAUAGGAAGGGAGCUGACAAAAAGCCGAGGGUCAACCUCCCUAGUUCAGAGUCUGAGGAAUUUUUAGGCCAAAGAAGCCAAAAUUCAACUUUGGGCGCUUUCAGUGGUGAUUCCUCAGAGCAAGGGGCAUUUGUCGAUGAUGAUGGAGAUGAUGGCUGGGACGUUGAGGGCUGGGCAGUCCAGGACACAUUUCAUGUGCCAUCAUCGACUGAAACAGGGCAGGGGAGUAGUGAAAUAGAUGAACUCAAAGCAGAAAUCAAGAAGCUUCGUGAAGAAAAACAGCAGUAUGCACAUAAGGACUCUGUAGAAUUUGAGCUGACUCAGACUGUUACGGCUCUGGAAACUGAGUUAGAAACCAUCACUCAAAUUGUUUCAAGAAAUAACAGAAAUGCAAGGCAGUUUGAAGAAUUGCAGGCGGAAGUUGUGCGAUUGCAAAAUGAAAAUGGGCGUCUUAAUCGAGAAAAACUUGAGUUGGAGCAAAUCGUUGCUGCCAGUCAAGAUGAAAACUCAAAUCUAUCCACGGGCAUCGAACUGGAUUUGCAGCAUCAAAGGGAUCUUGAGCAACUAAUAGCAGCUAAAGAUUCCACUCAAAGGAAGUACAACCAGCUGAAAGAAGACUAUGAUAUAAUGAAGUCGCAGUUUGAAGAAUUUCGACAGAUCCGAGUGAAAACAACUUCAACUGCAUCUCAAUCCUCCUACGACUGUGCCUCCGUUUUAUCUCAGACCUGUGAUGAGAUUUCGUCUGCUGUUGCAUCCACAAGUUCUCAAACGACGAGUGACAAUCCAUCCUCCAGUUCUCAGACUGUCAAUGAGUCCUCAUCGAUGUCCUCACAAACCACUAUCCAGAGUGUUGGAGCCUCGUCUCAAACAGUCAACGACAAUCCUUCUGCUUCAUCCCAAACAAGUGGUGUUUCUAGUUCCUUUGCUGCCUCACAAACAACAUUUGCUGAGGUGUCGAAUGUUGAUGGUACUAGGAGGCACACUGAUUCAGAAUCGAGUGAAGAGGAGUGCAGUUUCCGCGAUCUGAAAAAUGUUUUGGACUCAGUUCCAUUUAAGAUUCCCGAGCAAUUUGUCAACAAAACUCCAGAUGAUGGAUCAAAAAUAAUUCAGGAUAUUAAAGCUCUGACUUCCAUGUGUCUUAAUCUACAAGAAAAUGAGAAAAAAUUAGCUGCUGAAUUGAUGGAGAAAUCAGAAGAAGUGUUCUCAUUGAGAGCAAAAGUGGAAGAGGCUACAAAAAAAAUGACUUUGGUUGAAGAAGAACUGGCUGACUUCGAGCAGAAAGAAACUGAUUGGCAAGAAACGGAACAAAAACAGAAAGAGGAGAUUGCAAAACUUGUUGAGGCUCAUGCUACAUCAGUGAAAGCAGAACAAGACUUAAAUACUGAAUUGACCAGAAACAAGAGUAAAAUUGAAGAGCUUGAAACUCAGAAGGCUGCACUGGAGGCAAAUUUGGAACAACUGCAAAGUAUCGCCCAAUCAAAUAAUAGUCAUGAAGAAUUAAGAUCAGAGCUUAUGAGCAAAAUAGCUGAUCAAGACAAUCAGAUAUCAGCUUUAACGGAAGCCAGGACAGACCUUGAAUCAGAAGUGCGGCUUUUGAAUGACCAUGUCAAAGACUUAACUUACCGGUUACAAAUGUCGGAAGCUACAACUUUAAAUCAAAAUAACCUAGAAACAGAAACGAACAACCUGAAAGUUGGAUUAGAAUCAGCAAAAAGAACUAUUGUAACCUUGAAUGAGCAGCUUAGCUCUGCUUCAAUUGAUAUCAACAAAAAAACAGAACUAAUCAAUGGGCAAACAGAACUAAUAGAAGAUUUGCGACAACAGAUUGAAAAUUCGACCAAGGAACACCAAUCGCAAGCUGAAUUAAACUUAAAAUUAUCUGAGGAAAUUGCAGCAUUGAAACAGAACCUAUCCAGUAAAGAGCAAGAAUUGAAAUCUAUAGAAGAAGACUAUGCGGAGCUAAAAUUAAGCCACGAAAAAAAAGAUCGUGAAUUGUGUAAGUACAUCCUGGAAGAAAAGCAGCUGAAAGAUGAAUUGAAUGCUUUAAAAAAGAAGUGUGAAGCGAUUGAAAGUGAGAAAAUAGUUCUGACUGAAACUUGUGACUCGCUCACAAGGGAAGUCGUAUCACUUCAAGACAAAGCCUCAACUAAAGAACAUACACAGGAUCAAAUUCAAAAACACACUCAGCUAGAGAAAGAUUUAGAACAGAGGCAACAUGAUUAUGAGAAUGUUAAGGAGAAAUUGAAACAAAUAGAAUUAGAAAAUACUGAGCUUCGGGAAGAAAAUAAUCGGUUGAAUGAGAUGCUCUCUCUAGAAGAAGAUGACUUGGAAACUCUAAAAAGUAAAGUAUCUGACUUAGAAGAUUUUGCGCAAAAAUGUCAAGAUUAUGAAGAAUUGAACGAAAAACUUAAACGAUUGGUGACAGAGCACGAUGAGCUUUUGAAAGAUAAUAGUAGACUAAAUGAAAUCAUCAGUCAAAGUGCUGAUGAAAUAGCAAUGCUUAAAGAAGGCACUCAAAUUUUAGAAAAUAUAAAAUCAGAAAAUGAAAAAUUAGUCAAAACAAAUAGUGAUCUUAUGAUGGAUCUACAAAAAUUAAAUGAGAAUUAUAGUAAUCUAAAGUCAGACCUCUCGAGCAAGUCAGAAGAACUUGUCAACUUGAAAUUAGUUGCUGAAUCAUAUGAAGUACUUAAAACCAAAUAUGAGAGUUUAGAAAUGGCUGUGAACAAAUUGAUGAAUGAGAUUGCUGAUAAAGACGCAGAAAUUAGUAAUUUUAAGAAAUCAAACUCGACCAGUCAGUCAGUCUUGAAUGAAAUUAGUACAUUAAAAAGUGAAAAAGAGCAGCUUAUUCAAAGUUUGCAGGUAAAACAUUCAGAGAGUGUAGGCUACCAUAGCGAGCUGCAGCGUAUCAACGGACUUUUAGAACAAGAGCUGGCCGAAAAACAGGAGCUUGAGAAAGCGGUGAAAGUGACUCGGGAGCAGCUAGAUGGGAACGAGAAAGUUCUUAAAGCCCGAGACAAAGAGAUCGAUCUUUUAAAAGAGCAGAUCCAAACGCUCCAAACCCAACUAGAAUAUGUCAGUCAGCUUCUGCGUGUUGCUGACCGCCAAGAGGCUGAAGGAGAGCCUGAUAUAAAACAAAAAAGCAGUGACUCAGAUGAUCGAAACCAAAUCCUUCAAAAGAUCGAAAUUCUUCAGGAAGAAAAGAAUAGUCUGAACUGUGCAUUAGAAGCAGAACAGAACAAGUGCAAAACAAUGUAUAAUGCGCUACGAGAGGAGAAAGAGAAAAAUCAAGGCCUGAAAAAUGAUUUAGAGCGUCUCAAGUCACAUUUGGUUUCAGUCGAAGAAACUUACACCCAAGAGCUAAUGAAUGCUGAGAAGCAGAUCGAAGAAUUGCAAACACGUUUAUCCUCUGCAGAUGAACGAGUUAAAUCAUCCUCCACAGCUUAUACUUCUGCGAGUAUCCGCGCCAAUCAGCAGGUAGAAUCAUUGACAAAUCAAGUUAAAGUCCUGACAGAGCAGCGCGAGCUGAUUCAGCAGAAAUUGAAUGAAGCAGAGGAUCAGGUUCAGAGCCAUGGUGCAUCACUGACCAACCUACAGAUAGUUUUGGAACAAUUCCAAAUAGAUAAAGAAAAGGAUAUUCUGCUAGCAACGGAAAGGAUUCAAGAAAAUUUGCAAGCAGCUUACCGGAAAAACAAUCAGCUCUGCUCGGAAAUUAGCACCUUGCAGACCCAAUUAAGCGAAGCCAAUGAAGGUCUGAAAGCAGCUGCCAGAUUUACAGACCAGUUGAAUGCUAAAUCAAGAACGAUUGAAACCUUGGAGAAGCAAGUUGCUGAGUUAAAAGCAAAAUUAAGCAAGGCGGAAGCUAAGAUCGAUGCCGUGAGCCGUGGAACAGAAAGCAAAAUAGACAGGUGUUUGGUACGAAAUCUAGUCGUUGGGUAUCUCAGUGCCCCAAUCAAUGGCAGAACACAAGCUUUAAACGUUUUGGCAACUGUCCUUGACAUGAGCAAAGAAGACAAGCAGCGUGUAGGGCUCGAGCCCGGAGGCAAUGCAUCCCAUUUCCAAUCAUUAUCAGAGGCUUUCAUCAAAUUUUUAGAGAAUGAGUCUCAGCCGCAAAAUGUCUUGAAGAUGAUCCCUGAAAAUAAAUCAAAUACAAAUGUGACGGCUCACCGUCGUUCUCCAUCAGGAUCAGUGUUACUGUCAGAAGCCUCUCUGCCAAACAUUCCACAAUUUCCUGUUAAUAGAAACUCAGGGUCCAUACUCAAAGAUGUUAUGAAAAAUGACAGAUAAUAUAUUUGUAUUCAUCGUUAGGUAAAUUUAUGUAAUUAUCAUCCACUCCUUUGAUUGUUACUUGUAAAAUACUAUUUAUUUAGUUACAUCUGUAAGUUUAGAAUGGUGCAAUUGUGAAGUAAUAACUAAUUUUGUUAAAUGCUAUGUGUUUUUAAAACUAUUACUGUGGCAUUAAAAUUAAUCUUUUUUACAAAAA